AUGCCGUAUUGUAGUGUAUUUGGUUGUAGUAACAAUAAAAGAACGCAUAGAUUUCCUAAUCGCGAUAAUUCACUUGUGCGUUUUAAUAAAUGGACCAAUUUUUGCAAGCGUAAACUUUUUAAACCAACUAAUAAUUCUGUGAUAUGUUCUCAUCAUUUUAAAAGUCAAGAUUUUGAUGACUCAGACAUUUUAAAACAAAAAUUAUUGGGAGACAAAUACAAGUCAAGAUCACCCAGCUUAAAACCAGGUACGAUACCAACGAUAUUUGUAAUAAAUAAUGAUAAAAAUAGCGAUGGUAAUCCAACAACUAAAAAACCCCGUUCUGAAAGAAUAAAAAAUCAAGAAAAAAAAGAUAUGGUUGAGAGUUUAAUCGCUAAAAAAUCAAAUAUUGAUUCAUAUGGACAUAUGACAUAUGAUAAUAAAAUAUUGUUUAGUAUUUAUUAA